ACCAGACAACGUUUUCGCAUUAUUUCUUUUCUGUUGAUUUCGUUUCGAGUUAUGCUAUCUAACACUAACAGAAGCAAACUAAUUUGUUUCCUUUUUUUUCUAUACCACUCCUGUACCACUCUCCGCGGGUAGUAUCGCACACGGUACAAGAUUUGGUGUUCAUUUGGAACAUGACCGAUCCACUGGUAGUCAACCCGGAAAUAGAGUUACCACAGUUGGACAUCAGCAACAACUACACCACCGACUGCACGAUCGAGUACUCGACCGGUAACUUCACGUGUCUGGCGGUGGUAUUCAAUCUCCGAAGGCGCUUGGGCUACCAUCUGUUCCACACCUACAUCCCAUCUGCCCUUAUCGUGGUCAUGUCGUGGAUAUCGUUCUGGAUCAAACCGGAAGCCAUCCCGGCACGGGUUACACUGGGCGUUACCUCGCUACUGACGUUAGCCACACAAAACACCCAAUCGCAACAAUCGCUCCCACCGGUAUCGUACGUGAAGGCGAUCGACGUCUGGAUGUCGUCCUGUUCCGUGUUUGUGUUUCUCUCACUGAUGGAGUUUGCGGUCGUCAACAACUAUAUGGGCCCGGUAGCGACGAAAGCAAUGAAGGGCUACUCGGACGAGGAUCUGUCCGAGGCGAUCGACUUUAACAAGAACGGUUACAACAAGGACCACCGUUCGUCGGAGGUGCCCCGGUACGAUACCUUCUGUCACGGGCGGGAAACGGCCCUCUGUAUCGAUAAGUUUUCCCGCUUCUUUUUUCCAUUCUCGUUCUUCAUACUGAACGUUACCUAUUGGACUACGUUCCUGUAAAAUGGGAUUGAAGGGCCCUCCUCGCCCCUUCCGUUUGACGCAUUUGGAAGCAUCGUUGGAGGAUGGAAAUCGUAUCGCGAAAAGAUAUGAAGCAAACACGAUAGUAGCCGUAGCAUAUGAACGUAGUUGUAAGAUACUGGCCAUCGGAUUGGUCGAUUGGUUUUAGCAUAAGAAAUGGUAUAUAACAUAGUGAAUAAAACAGUUCUCCUCCAUUA